CGGCUCGCCAGCCCCCCCAGCCAGGGGGAGGUACCACCCGGCCCGCUGCCCGAGGCCGUGCUCGCCCUGUACAACAGCACCCGCGACCGGGUGGCCGGGGAGAGCGCCGAGUCGGAGCCCGAGCCCGAGCCGGACUACUAUGCCAAGGAGGUCACCCGCGUGCUAAUGGUGGAGAACAACCACAAUAUCUAUAAAAGCAUCGAGACGGUUGCACACAGUAUAUAUAUGUUCUUCAACACAUCAGAGCUCCGGGAAGCUGUGCCUGACCCCCUGUUGCUCUCCCGGGCAGAGCUGCGUAUGCAGAGACUCAAGUUAAGCGUGGAGCAACAUGUGGAAUUGUACCAAAAAUACAGCAACAAUUCCUGGCGCUACCUCAGCAACCGGCUCCUGACCCCCAGUGAUACGCCGGAGUGGUUGUCCUUUGAUGUCACUGGAGUUGUGCGGCAGUGGCUGAGCCAAAGAGAGGAAUUACAGGGCUUUCGCUUCAGCGCUCACUGCUCCUGUGACAGCAAAGAUAACACACUCCGCGUGGACAUCAACGGGAUCAGUCCCAAACGCCGGGGUGACCUGGGAGCCAUUCAUGGCAUGAACCGGCCCUUCCUGCUACUCAUGGCCACCCCACUGGAGAGGGCCCAGCACCUGCACAGCUCCCGACACCGCCGAGCCCUGGACACCAACUACUGCUUCAGCUCCACGGAGAAGAACUGCUGUGUGCGGCAGCUCUACAUUGACUUCCGCAAGGACCUGGGGUGGAAGUGGAUCCACGAGCCCAAGGGCUACCACGCCAACUUCUGCCUAGGGCCCUGCCCCUACAUCUGGAGCCUGGACACACAGUACAGCAAGGUCCUGGCCCUGUACAACCAGCACAACCCCGGCGCGUCGGCGGCGCCGUGCUGCGUGCCGCAGGCGCUGGAGCCGCUGCCCAUCGUGUACUAUGUGGGCCGCAAAGCCAAGGUGGAGCAGCUGUCCAACAUGAUCGUGCGCUCCUCCUCUGGAGUCCCACAGAGCCACUACCCCGUCACAGCCAGACAUACUGUCACACCCAGGGUCCCAGACGAGACCCCCCGCCCCCCAGGGUCGCUGUGCUGGCAGCGCCGCAUGGGCUUCGAGUGA